CCACGUUUCACUAAUGACGUAAUGCUGCCUUGACAGGUCGCGGAUGCUCCAGCGUCACUGCGCCCGACAGAAGCCGCCUGACUCUCGCGAACAAUAAGCCCGUUCCGCGGUACCGGUGCAGCUCCGACACCCGCCCCUUCUCAAGCGACCUUCGGGGUUUGUGUUGGCUCCUUCCCUCUUGUUGAUGUUUAGCCGCUUCCUGCUCGGACUUGCAGCCAUUUUGGAUUGAUCCAAGCAGCACUAGCCGGUCCCGGAGCACCGAGCCACAGCGAGCCCGAGCCCCGUGGAGAGCCUCUGACUGAUAAGGGACCGCUUGAAUCACCUGAAGACACCGUUCGACACCACACAACGAUGAAUCCCGAGUAUGACUAUUUAUUCAAGCUGCUCCUGAUCGGUGACUCUGGCGUAGGAAAGUCUUGCCUUCUCCUCAGAUUUGCGGACGACACGUACACAGAAAGCUACAUUAGCACCAUCGGUGUGGACUUCAAGAUACGAACCAUUGAGCUGGAUGGGAAGACCAUCAAACUUCAGAUCUGGGACACGGCGGGUCAAGAGAGGUUUCGCACCAUCACAUCCAGCUACUACAGAGGAGCUCAUGGAAUCAUAGUGGUGUACGAUGUCACAGACCAGGAGUCCUUCAACAACGUCAAGCAGUGGCUACAGGAAAUCGACCGCUACGCCAGCGAGAACGUCAAUAAGCUGUUGGUAGGAAACAAGUGUGACCUGACAACAAAGAAGGUGGUGGACUACACGACAGCAAAGGAGUUCGCAGACUCCCUGGGAAUCCCAUUUUUGGAAACCAGCGCCAAGAACGCCACGAACGUGGAGCAGGCCUUCAUGACCAUGGCUGCGGAGAUCAAGAAGCGGAUGGGACCCGGAGCCACGGCUGGCGGAGGAGAGAAGCCCAACGUGAAGCUCACCCCCGGCACGACGGUCAAGCCUUCGUCGGGAGGCUGCUGCUGAAGGAGAGACGCCCACUCCUCCCCCAGAUUCGCCUGCCAUGACCACACGGGACUGGAUCUCAUGACCACCACAAGACGUUGCCUGUAUUUGUACUGUACAUAAUGUAGCCGCACUACCAAACCAAUAAACCUGCUACUGGUCAUGAUGGUCUCUUUUUGACAGACUCUACAGCUCGGACCCAUCGACCCCGACAGCCCAUCAUGUGCGUGCGCGUGUGUGUGUUCAUGCUUCAGUUUGUCUCUCUGCAUUCCAUUUUCACACUUGGAUUUUUUUUCCUUUAUAUCUGUGUGUGUGUGUGUGUGUGUGUGUGUGUGUGAACCUGUUCACCAGGAUCCAUCAGCAGUUGAGCACUUGCUAACCACCAGACUGUGAGAAAUCCUGACGUGAUUAUUUAUUCUGCCUUCAUCUGUCAGUUUCAUGGCUCUGUUUGCUAAUUACUGUGUAAUGUCAGUACGAUGCAGAUACGAUGUUCUCUUGUUUUCAUAAUAAAGGCAACUGGAUUCAGU